GUGGAAGAGUCUUUACCACUGUCAUGGCGUAAUGCGUAAUGAAUGUCAGUUUGUGUAUUGUAUUUUGGUUAUAAUAAUUUGAGCGAGUUUUGUUAUUUCAAUAUAUACUACUUUAGGAUUUAACAAGCACACGUUGCUUGGGACAAACCUUACGGCAUUAAUACCGUGAUAAAUUGUGGCUAACAGGAUGGCUGUAAAAAAAUGUUGCAUUGACAACUGUAACUCAUGUUCUACAAGAAAGGAGGAUAAAGGUGUAACAUAUCACAAGUUCCCAAAAAACGAUAAUUUACGUGACAUUUGGGUUGCGGUCACACAUUACAAACACACUGGCACAGAGUUGCCGCACUUUGUGUGCUCACGGCAUUUCUGUAAAAAUGAUUUUCAAAGUUACAAGGACUCUAAAUACAAAUUGAAAACAGACGCAGUCCCUUCAAUAUUUCCAUGGGAUUCCGAUACUGACGAAGAAAUGGAAGACAUAAGCGCACCAGUUGAAGGUUUCAGUGCGGACUGUGAAGUUGAGAAUGUUGAUGCGAUUAAGAAGUUUAUAGAAGCACAAGAGAAGGAAUUGCAGGAACAGAAACUUGCUGACUUUAAUAUCAGUGAGAAAAGUAAUGACACAACUGAUAGUACUGUUCCAUGUCAUAGUGAGACUGUGUGCGAGCCUGGCGCUGUGAUGGGCAUGAUACACAGCGAGUCUGAGACUGAUAUAGACAUAUCUAAGAAAAAAGAUGUUGCAUGUAAACAGUUAUUAAGUCCAGUAGACAAAGGUAACAACAGUACUAUGGCCCUCUCAAUAGGAUCAAAAGUCGAAGCAAAGGAUUUUGAAGAGAAAUGGCAUACUGCAGAAAUUAUAGAAGUUGACUAUGAAGAGAUGGAAGUACUCAUACAUUAUGAAAUUGAUAGGAAAAAACACGACGAAUGGAUAAGCGUGAGCAGUCCUCGUCUAAGGCCUGUCAAUGAGGCCUCAGGUACCAGUAGCGGCACAAGUUCAACAGUCACAGUCAAACCUGGGCCCAGUUCAGAAGAGAGUCUCACAGACACACUGCCCAUAUCUUCUCUGAAAGAAGAAUCGAAAGAAAUAAAGACAGAAGAGAAGAUUAAACUGUCUUACGAGGUUGGGGAGCGAUGUCUUGCGAGAUGGCGGGAUAAUAGACGCUUCGUUGCUACUAUUCUGAAAGAUCUGGGGGAUGGCAAUUACGAAAUAGUUUUCGACGACGGUUGCAACUGGACGUGUAAUACGUCUCGGUUGCAUAAGCUGCGGUCGAAACAGGGAAGUGGUACACCAUCGACCUCCCUUUCGUAUGGGCCGGGGCCAUCAAACGCGAACAUACAGACUGCCUUCCACACACACCUUUUUGACCCCACACGGGACUAUCUAGGCUCAAAAAGCGAACGUCGCGAAAUGAAACGCAAAUUAAAUAUAAAAGAAAUAUUUAAUAUAGGACAGAAAAAGUCUCGGAAACAGAAGGGUCCGGAUGAAAAACCUCAUAAAACUGUGGAAAGGAAACCGCGGAUUUUGAAAAAGAGGCGGGAAAGGCCCGUCAAGUUGAAGCUUGAGAGUGAAAUUAAAACGGAACCUAUAACCGAAGUGCCAGCAGUAGAUGCAGUAGCUUCAAUCAUUGGUACUGUAAGUAAAGAAGACACAGCAAAUAUAGAAGUUAAAGAAGAAGAAAAGCUAACCGAAGUAACACCAGACCCGGUACAAGAGGAGAGUAAGAAAGUAGAAGAAGUACAACCGCAACCAGAGCCUUUUGAUGAUAAAAAGAUGGAGACUGAAACAGAAGGCCUGAACUCCACUGAAGAAUCCAUUAAACAGAAUGACAAUGAAGAUGAUCUCAUACAGUUAGAAGAUUUGAAAGGCGAACUAGACCCACAGCCUGGAAAUACAGUUGUGGAAGUGAGUGAUAGUAAUAAACCGGUUUUAGAUGAAGAAGUGAAACUAGAAAAGUUUGAGAAACAAGACGAUGUGAGACACGAGGAAGUUAUAGACAGAAUCAAAGAAGUUAUAAACAAAUUGGAAGAUGGUUUGAGUCAAAUUGAAAAGGUUAACUCACCGAAAGUAGAAGUAGAAUUGAAAGAAGAAAUAUUUUCUCCUGAAGUAAAACCUGCAGAAGUUAAAGAAGAGAGUGACAAGAUAACAGGAGAACAAACAGAGAAAGAUAAGAAGAAACUAGGAAAGGUUAAGAAAGGAAAGAAGUUGAGAUUGUUGCGGGAGAAGAAAGUCAAUAAAAACGUGGAGAAUGUGAAACAUGAAUUAGAAAAGGUGAAAUUACAGAUGUCUGAAAUGCGGAAAGAGAUAUUGAGGCCAGACUUUACACAAAUAACACCGGAGCCCACAAUGCCUGAAACUCUGUUGCCUAAUGAAUGGUGUUGCCGAUGGGUCAAUGGCCAACCUUUAGGUACAGUCAGUGAGAUAGAGUGUGAGGUUAAACAACAGGAGCCUGGUAGCAAGCCGCCUCUACCCAGGAGAAGUGUACAGGUUGAAGACAAGAGAUUACCUGAAGGUUGGACGAAACACAUGGUUCGUAGGAGCUUCGGGAAUUCUGCGGGCAAGUGGGACGUAGUGUUAGUCAGCCCCGACAACCGGCGGUUCCACACGAAGAACGAGAUGCGAACGUAUUUAGAGAAUAAUCCGUCGCUAGUAACCGAAGGAUAUGAACACGUGUUAACGGAUUUUGGCGUGCACCUAAAGUUGGCGCGGCGUAUGGGGUGGAUCACUCACACCGCGGAGGGAGUGCCCUCUGCAGCGCCACUCCCCGCCGGCACUCUCAGCUGUACCUCCCCGCUAUACAAACGGAAGAAACUCUCCCUUAAGAAGAAGAGAGAUGGCAAAGAAAAGAGACCCAAAAUUACCAUCAAAAUGAAGGUGCCAAAGGAUCUCCCACCAUCAGAGGAUCCUGUCUCUUCUUCAAGUUUAUUAAGCGCCAAUGAUAACUCUCCAGCGCCAGAACCUGCCGUAGAGGUUCCUCCUUUGGAAGACGGAUAUGUGUACGUCGGCUCAUUGAAAGUCCAAAUCAUCGAGAAUCUCCUCCGAUGUCCAGCUGAAGGUUGCUACAAAAACUUCCGAAACAACACUCUAAUACAAAUGCAUAUCAAACACUAUCAUAGAGAACUACGGAAGAUGUUGGGCGACACACCGAAAGUUCUAGACCUCGCGUACGCAAGGACCAAGCAGCCCAUUGAGUUAGAGAGCCCUAGAGUUACCAACGACAAGGUCAUCAAAGUGAAGAUACCGAGACCUCCGAAACGGGAGGAACCUAAACAGGAAGUGAAAGAAGUUAAACCUGAAUUGCAAGUGGAUACAACACCAGUUCCUCCAGUCAAGGAGCCUGAGUUGCCAAUACCAAGGAGUCAGGACUCGCCCAAACUUCGCCAGGCUUUGAGCAACAAGCCAGUGAAGAGACCGCGGGUGUUACUGCCCGUUAGAAGACCUGAUCCAGAGCCAGUAUUGCCCGAACCAGUGAACGAGGACGUAGAUGUGGAGAACACUGAGAACAUCGAGCCUGUCAUGGAGAUCCCGCCUUUGGACAUGGCACUGGACUUUGAGAGUGCGAUAUCUACGCACACAGUCACCAAACCUAUCAUUGAGAAGAAGAGAAAGUCUGAGAAGAAACGUAAGACCUUUGCUAUGGCCGCUAAAAGGCCUGCAAGUGAGGAAGAAGAUUGGUUGGGAGCUAAUUCUGACUUUGACACGCGGUCAAGCUUCCCGCGGUCUGGAACGCCCGACUCUAAAGCCGACCUCAAGGUCGCGCCGGUGUCUUCCGAGUCUAAUGAAGAGAAUAAAGACUCUAAUAUGUAUAUGUAUACUGAGAACGGCGAGCGCAUAAAGAUAGUGCACAUGAAGCGCGAGGAGAUAAUCAACUGCCACUGCGGGUUCCGCGAGGAGGACGGGCUCAUGGUGCAGUGCGAGCUCUGUCUCUGCUGGCAGCACGCGCUCUGCCACAACAUACAGAGGGAGUGCGAUGUUCCCGAAAAAUACACAUGCAGCAUAUGCCUAAACCCCCGCCGCGGGCGUAGAUCCCAGCGCUUCCUCCACGACCAGGAUCGCAUGUACGAAGGUUUACUGCCGGGCGGGAAGCCGUGUGAGACGUUACGCCGCUCUCACGAACUCGCCGGCAAUCUACUGCGCAUCGAGGAUGCAUUACAUGCGCUCAGAGUCAAGUACUAUGUUGCUACCAAGAAAGACCAUCCAAAGUUAUACCUAUGGGCCAAGGAUUGGGAGCAGCUUGAGAUUCAGAACACGCAGGAGAAGCUGAACUCUGACUAUUCAGACCUGAACAUUAUGAUCAAUAUGGACAAGGAGAACAAACCUAUUAAGCCGGAAGACGUGAAGGAUAUACAACUGGACCUCAAGACGCCGCCUUCUGAAGAACAGGAUCAGGAAAGGUAUUCACAUAAGGAUGCACAGCUGGGCGCUCAGUCGUUGCUGAGUGGGUUACUGUCGAGUCCGGGCGAUGCUUCACUGGACUUGCCCAUCAGCACAUCUGAGUUGGAACGGCUCGCUAUAUCUGUUCAAGAGCAAGAAGCCCAACGCGCCAUGAUAGUAGCCCCUCAGCCCGAGCCUCCCAUAGAGAACGCGACCUGUCGUCGCCAGCUACUGAAACACUUACAACGCUGCCAGGCACUUAUAGACGCCAGGCUAGACUCCAUCGAGGCGCAGGUUGCAGAACUAGAAUCUCAAGACCCGUCAUUCGAGGACGACGAGACAGCCGAGUACUUCCCGCGCACCAAGCAGACGGUGCAGAUGCUGAUGAGAGAUCUCGAGACCAUGGAGGAGUUGGGAGUCAUCACGUAGAAUUAUACAUCACAAGCAAUUAAUGAAAGGAAGUGUAGUAAUAAGCAUUACAAUAUGAAUUUAUUACACACAGUUGUCUUAUAAGGUUUAGGUCGCAGUACGGUAUUUUCCCAAAGGAGUUUACCUCGAUAUAUCUUUUGAAAUGCCAUUUGCCAUUACCAUGAUCAUUGGUUAUAAACGGCUAAAGCAUCUGCAAUUUUAUCCCUAAGUCCUAACUAAGUUCAAUACAUUGUUCACGGUUUUAAAAUUAGUCGCGGAUAAAUACCGCAAGUACCUAUUCGUGUUGUUGUUUAAUUAAUUCAGUAAUCAAGACAAUCAACUAAUAUUGAAAACCGCUACAGUAUAACCGUAGUGCGGCCUAGACCUUAAUUUUGGACAAAAGCAAGCAAGCAAGUAGUGCCUUGUUUAAAAUGAACUAUAAGUUAUACCACCGACUUUUACACACACAUACUUAUUCAGUAAGUAUACUGAUGACUAUAAUGAUAUUUUGUUCCAUAAGUAAACUUUCACGAUGAGGCAAACAAUAUUGGAAGUUAGGAAGUAAAUGAAAUGUUGACAAACCAUAUUUUAGGGUUUAUGUAAAUUAAAAAAGCUUUAAUGUAUAUCUUAGGUAAGCUAGCUAAUUGCUGUAAACUAUGUAAGCUUAUAUAUUUGGUAAUAGUUGUGCCCGCGGCUUUGCCCACGCGAGAAUAUAUAUUUACGUAACAAUUUUAGGGAUUUCUCACCUUACAUAAUUUGGUCCAGCCAUUCCCAAGUUUUAGUGAGAACAGAAAUUGAUGUAUUAUUUUGUAUAAAAACUAUUGUCUGUAAAUAAAUUACUGCGAAGAAAUUGCCAUAAAUAUAUCUGUUCUAAGUGUUAUUACAAAUACUAAGUCAUAAAUGAAAAUGUUUUCAGAAAGUCUAUAUGCCUGUUGAUAUAAAUAUAAUAUGUAGGUAAUAUUAUAAUAUCUAAUGAUGUUGUAUGUGAUGAUACCAAAAUAGAAAUAAAGGACUGCACAAAUA